GAAUUCGAGUGUGAUCAGUGCGAGAGUGCCGGCACAAUGCAGGUGGGUGGGUGGUACGGAAGACGAAAAAGACACGGCCCGAGGUGAGGCUCAUCACGACGCCAACAAUUCCAUACUGUUGUGAACCUCCAAUAGAUGUCUGGGCGUUGCGGUAUCCAUACGUCCAACUUGCAUCUGCGUACGAAGGAAUCACAUAUGCAUGAACAUGAACAUGAACAUGAAGUGGCAAGAUGGUUGGAUCGGGUCAAUCAAUGGCGCGCAUCUAUUGACUGUUGCUUGAUACAACCGAAAGCCGACAUUCUUUAGCGUAAGGGCUACCAAGGUCUGUGCAUUGAUGGGUACCUCUGGCCAGUCUCGAGCCAGUCCUCCGCAUUGCGAAUCCUCGCUGUGUCAAGUCGUUCAUAUGUAGACAUCCGAUGUUAACGUGGACUUGCUGUCGAUUGACACAAAUAUAUAAACACCUUGGAUCAUGUGUCGUUCUAUCGCCACGCAUUUAUAUCGAGGGGAUGUUAUUUCCACAUCCAAGCUUUGCGGCAGAAAAGAAGUGCUCCUGGCGCACCGAGUCAAGCGUCAGCAGAGUAAGCAGAGUCAGCAAGCAAUGGAUUAUUCAAUGGGAGUCUCGUGCGACCUUAUCGGCUGCCAACUUAUGCACGUCUUUUCUUCCGAGCAAAUGGUUCGACAGGAGCCUUCCUUUUUGCGGAGGCGACAGCGAAUGGCAUUUGGGCGCAGUGUCUGCCUAUCUGGUAAGCUGAUGAAGACGGAGAGUGCAAGGCUGGAGAGUGAUGGUGAUUUAAGCAUCCCAUCGCCAUGGUGAUUUGACGUAAGAGAUCGUUGCUUUCGUUUGAUUAUCGUUGGUCUUUUUUUCUUGCCUUUUCACUUUCGCAGACAAUCAUCAAUCAUCAAAGGUAUCAUGUCUUCUACGGCAUCUUCAAGCGAUUCCGAUAACAGUAGAAGACGACGCCGACAGGGUCCAAGACCCUCACCACCACCUCCUCCUCCGCCGUUUCAAGGGAACAAUAAGAAAUCAAAGAAGAGGAACAAAUACGUAGCCCCUCAAGAUACGAUCGAUAAACUUUGGUCUCGAUUCUCGGUAUCAAAAUUUAGUAAAGCUACAAAAGUUUUACCAAAUGCAGCACCUUUUGCGAAGGGCACAUCUGCAAAGACCGUUAUUGUUCCUCCACCUGGUCCGCAGAACCAGCUCGUUUCCGAAGACUUUGAAAGAGCGGUUCAAGAAUGCAGAGCCAAAGUCAAGAAACUUGUUAAAGAAUGUAGGCGCGUUAAUAUGCGGUUUCGCGACGCCAGCUUUGAUAUAGACUGGGACUUGAAAUGGGAGAAAGGAAAUUGUCUAAAUACACUUGAUGAAAUAAGAUUUGAAGUUUGCAAACAGGCUCUUCUCAAUCCUACAUCCUCCGGGCCGAAGGCCGUCAAGAGAGUUCACGAAAUAUUCGAUAAGCCAACAUUCUUAGGAGAUAAAAUUUCUCCUUCGGAUGUCAAACAAGGAAGUCUUGGGGAUUGUUGGUUGAUGGCUAGUUUGACAGCAUUGGCAAAUACAGACGACGGAAUUCAAAGAAUAUGUGUUGAAUGGGACACAAAAAUUGGGAUAUAUGGUUUUGUGUUCCAUCGUGAUGGUGAAUGGAUCAUUUCGAUCAUCGAUGACAAGCUCUAUCUAAAAUCGCCAGAUUGGGAUUCACCCUCGGUCCACAGGCAUCUACUCGAGCAAACUGACCGAGAGGAUGUUGAAAAGGAUUAUCGAAAAACGUAUCAAACCGGAUCUCAGUCAUUAUUCUUCGCUCAAUGUAAAGAUCCAAAUCAAACAUGGCUUCCUCUUCUCGAAAAGGCUUACGCUAAAGCACACGGGGAUUUCUUUUCUUUGAGUGGAGGAUGGAUAGGGGAGGGUCUUGAAGAUUUGACAGGAGGCGUAACUACGGAACUUCUUACUUCGGAUAUUCUUGAUACCGAUGAAUUUUGGCAUAAUGAAAUUCUCAAGGUCAAUAAAGAAUUCCUUUUUGGUUGCUCUACUGGUCUUCUCGAUUACGGUUAUGGCAAUAGAGAUGGAAUAUCUGAAGGCCAUGCAUACGUUAUUAUGGAGGCUAGAGAGUUAUCUACUGGCGAACGUCUCCUAAAAUUACGGAAUCCGUGGGGAAAGAUCAAAAAAGGUAAUUGGGAAGGUCCAUGGUCAGAUGGAAGCAAGGAAUUCACCCCUGAAGCUCAGAUAGAGCUCAACCACAAAUUUGGAAACGAUAGUGUUUUCUGGAUUUCAUAUCAGGAUUUACUACGCAAAUAUCAACAUUUCGAUCGCACUCGGUUGUUCAUGGACAGUCCUGAUUGGAGAUUGACCCAAGACUGGGUCAGUGUAGAGGUGCCAUGGAGAUCCGAGUUUGAACAGAAGUUCACCAUAACGCUUAAGAAGGAAUCACCCAUAGUUUUGGUUAUGAGUCAACUCGACGACAGGUACUUUAUUGGUCUACAUGGUCAAUACAACUUCAGAUUGCAGUUUCGGGUUCAUGAGAUUAAUUCACCCGAUGAAGAAGAUUAUAUCGUCCGAAGCCAUGGGAAUUAUCUUAUGAGGCGAAGUGUGGUUGCUGAAUUGAAAAGUCUCUCCGCCGGAACAUAUACAGUAUAUAUGAUGGUCAUAGCAGAAAGGGAUAAGGAUCGACAGAGUGUUGAAGAUGUCGUUAAAGAUGAAUUGAGUCAAAGGGAAGAUAAUGAAAAAUUAGCUAAAGUUGGUCUAGCUUACGAUCUGGCUCACCAGAAAGGAUUGUCUCAUAUGGAGUUAAGAAUUAAAUCCAGAAAGGCUCUAGAUAAAGCAAAGGCCCGAGAAUCCAGGAUUGCUAAACGUAAAGUCCUUUGGGAGAAAAGACACAUUGCGCGGGAGAUACUAAGGAAGCAAAAGAAGAAGAAUUAUGAGAAACGUGAAGGUAAAGCAGCAAAAGAUACUGAGUGGGCAAAGGAACAAGAAGAACGUGAGCUAAAGGAUCAAGGUGUUCAAACGGAAGAUAUUCCAGAAGUUCAAGUCGAGAAACAAGACAAGUCAAUGCAAACCGAAGAUCUCAAUGAGGAGUCAAUGAACACUACAGUUGAUACACAACCCACAAAUGAAAGGGACAAAGCAGUACAGACAGAAGGCUUUACACCAUCUUCUAAUGAGUCCCAGACAACUCCCGUAACUCCAAAGAGUAAUGGUUCAUCUCCACGUUCACCGUAUACGAUGAUCUCGAGAUCCGGAUCUAAUCGCCGCAAAUCACUACCUCCACCUCCAAGCUUUGUUAAUCUUCGUAGAAAUCCGAGUCGUCCACCAAAUCAUGGUCGAGGGCCUCCUCCUCCUUCUUCGAAACCAGGUCUAUAUGUUACUUCGGAGGGGGAGUCAAGUGCAAGUCCUCUUUCGGAUUAUGAUAUGUAUAGUGACGAUGAUCCGACUCUUAAGCCACGAAAUCAGUCAACCGAGCCGAAACGCCCAAAGGAAAGGGAGGCUGGUGAAGAUGAGCCAGAACCAUGGAAUGCGGUUUGUAUCGUUGGCUUCAGGGUUUACAGUAAGGAUGAAGGACUAGUGCUUACUGUUUGCGAGGAGGGUAUGGAGGAAGUGAUUGAGUUGAAAGAGGAUAGUGAAGCUGGUACUGAUGGUGAUGUGGAAGAUGCUGAAGAUGAAGAUUGCCAUGAGAAGAAAGGAGGAAAUGGGGAAGAUUUGAAAUUAAAAGAUACUGCAGCAGGAAACGACUCAACACUUUCAGAUGUCGCAAUCAAAAUUGAGCCUGACAAAGAUUUGAAUGUCGCUAUCUCCAAUUCACCUUACGAGAUUACUGGAACCUCUUCGUCAGUCAACAAUGGCCUUGAAGAAAUUCCUACCGAGAAGCAAUCCCAAGAAGCCACCAAAAUUUUGGAAAUAGAGACAAACGGCGACGCUCAGCAGAAGUCGGCUCUUGGGAUCUCGGAGGGUGCUACAGAUGAUAUCGUGAAGGAAUCAGAUUCUCAAUCCGGCAUUGCAACAUCAAGCGCUUCUUCGAACUGCACUUAAAGCUCACACUGAUUUUUGUUCAGGUAACAUUCAGUGUACAAUUCAUUCUUCAGAUCAGUGCACAAUGAAAACAAUUUCUCGUUUUUGGAAGCCCCAUUUUGAUCUUUCAAGCGAUUCAGGCAGUCUAGGCGGUCUAUGCGAGCUUCUCGGUUUUAUCUUCAGCAAAAUCUUCGAACCCGCAUGUAGUUCUAGUAAUUCUAGUGAUUACAUUCUCAUGACUAAUGAAAUUUUUCGUAAUAUCUGUAGGUAGAUACAAUGAUGUUAGUAUUAUUCCCAUCAAUGAAUAUAUUCAGACUACUCAAUCAACACAAUUUUCAUUGGCCCUUUCUCA